AUGCAAGACUCGCUCGGUAUUGGUGAGAACCCUAGACCAAUCCAUCUGGUGGUUCUAAUUCACGGGUUGUGGGGAAACAGAUCUCACUUUGAUUAUAUACGAACCGCACUGGAAGCGGAGUUCAAAGCUCGACAGGCUCAGAAAUCUGGUGCGCGAAACGAAGAACUUGUUGUAUACACAACGCAUUUGAGUGAAGGUUACAAAACGUACGAUGGAAUCGACGUCUGUGGCGUCCGAGUAGCAGGUGAAGUAGAAACCCAAAUCCGAGAAUUGGGCACGGUCACCCAGUUUUCAGUCUGUGGUUACUCGCUGGGUGGACUGAUAGCCCGGUACGCUUUAGGCGUUUUGUACAAGAAUCAGGUUUUCAAGAAACAGGACAUCGAACUUGUUAAUUUCACCACUUUUUGUACGCCCCAUGUCGGAGUAUAUGCGCCAGGGAAUAAUAUAGCUGUUAAGCUCUUUAACGCGAUUGUACCGUUGGUUUUGGGCAACACGGGCAAGCAGAUGUUCUUGAAGGACAAAGGUAGGUUUACCAAUGGGACCCCCUUGAUAUUGUUAAUGAGUUUGGAAAAUUCGGUCUUUUAUAAAGCCUUGCAGGAAUUCAAAAACACUGCGUUGUAUGCAAAUGUCAUCAACGACAAAAGAACUGCCUGGUGGACGGCGGGUAUUUCUAGAAACGAUCCCUUUUUCGAAGUGGACGAGAAAAAUGGCGAUCAUCGCUUUAGCUACGUAGCUAAUUACGCUCCAACGGUUAUCGAUCCGUCGAGAUCUAUCAGAAUCACUCGCAUUGAGGAUUUCAACGAAAAGGUCGAAGAUACUACACUACGGCGGCAGAAGAAGGAUAAUGUCAAAGUCGACCCCCGAAAAUAUUUCUUCUUCACUUACUGGUCGGCCAAACUGGGGCGUUGGUUUGCCGUACUAUUCAAUUUGCUAUUGAUAGCUCCGAUCUGGGUAAUUUGGUUCAUUCUAUCGGGGACAAUGGAGACCAUCAAGUCUACCACAAGGGCAGCAAAAUUCAUGAAAGGGUAUUCCCAUCAUUUUAUCGACGAUGUCUUCGAUGUAAAUUCAGAAGAACCUGAGCUAGAUGACAUAAUUGUAACGUCAUCCGAGAGUCCCAACGAAUAUGAGUUGCAACUCCAACAAUCCCUGAAUGACCAAACCGACACAUUCAUCGAAAGUAUUUUCAGUGCAAUCGAGAGAAAGAACACUCUUUCUGCAGUGAUGGAUGAAUUGGAUCCUGAAAAUGUCACAGAUACGGAGGACAACGAUCGGGUCGUGAGAACCACACUUAAAGAGCUGGCAUUACACUCCAUUGAAGAAAUCGAGGCUAGACGUUCGCAAGCAACGGGAGGCACUGAAGACUUACCGUCGCUGGAAAACUUGCAUUUAGAUUUAGCGCCUGCCCAGGUUCGCAUAAUCGAGUCUCUGAACAGGAUCGCCUGGCGCAAAUUUCCUGUUUAUAUUCGCAACACGGUUAGUACUCACGCAUGCGCGAUUGUCCGCCAUAAGGACGAGAAUUUCGAAGAAGGCAAGUUGGUUGUGGCCCAUUGGGUGAAGGAAGUCUUCAAGUUCUAG